AUGGAUACUGAAGAAUAUUGCCCCAUAUGCAAGACAGACAAGUAUCUGUCUCCGGAUAUGAAGUUUCUGAUCAAUCCAGAGUGCUAUCACAAGAUCUGUGAAUCAUGUGUUGAUCGCUUUUACAGUCUUGGACCUAGUAAGUGCAUGUAUCCCAAUUGUAACAAAAUUCUUCGAAGGAAUAAGUUCAAGACUCAGGUGUUUGACGAUUUAAGCAUAGAAAAAGAAUGUGAUGUCAGGAGCAGAGUGAUGAAAGUUUUCAACAAGAAUGAGGAAGACUUUUCAGACCUCAAAGACUACAAUCAAUACUUGGAAGAGAUAGAGGACAUAGUGAACAACCUUGUGAAUAACGUAGAUAUAGAGGAAACGGAGAAAAAACUCAAGGAUUACGAAUUACUAAAUCAAAAGGAGAUCUUGGAGAAUAACACUAAACAAGUUGAGAAAGAUCAAAUACAGGCCGAUCUGACCAAACUAGAAACACAACUCAAACAGGAAAAACGUCGUCAUGAGAAACAAACAGCAGAGGAGGACAAGUUGUUGAAAAAGGCUAACGAGGCCGCCUUAAUUGACCAAAUGCAAAACGAGUCCGCACAACCACCGCAAGCAGUUAGGAUGCAUAAUACGAACGUGCUAAGGAAAUCAUCAGCACGAAAGAAGCAUAUUAAGGAGCUAGAGGAGCAGAUAAAUAUGCAUCGACGAGCUCUUGGAGCAGGUGGACAUGGUAUUGAAUCAAGUGUGCCACCGCAAACUCCAUUCACACCGUUUAAUGGCGAUAAAGAUAGGACGAAGUAUUAUCAAUUUCAGGAUAACUACUACGAUCCAAUAUUCAAUGAUAUGGUGUCAAAGGAUCCCACAUUCACAGCGUCAGGUUACGAUAUCAAGAAGUAUUUCAAGAGGAGUCUUGCUGAAGCCUUUACAGGUCUCAACAUCUUUGUUUCGGAAGAGAUUUCUUAG